UCCCCUAGUCCUCCUAAACUUCCUGCUCCAAGUUUAGUUUUUCUCCCUAUCUCUCUCUCUUCUGUGCAUGUGUGUCUGUCUAUGGGCGGGACCCACUACAGGUUCCUGCCUCUGGCUGAACGCACCUGCAGCAAUCUGCCACCCACAUCAUCUCAUCAUGUUUCUGUUGUCAGUAGCAGUGACAGACUUUCAGACUCAGUGUGAGGAUGGGGCUCACUGUGCUCAGUGUGCUGUCCUUAUUCUUGCUGAAUAUUACCCUCUGCUGUGGAGACGCUCAAGAUGCUGAGCUGAGCCUUAAACCAAACGUAUCCCAUUUAUUUGCUGGAGAGUCUGUAACCUUCAUCUGUGACAUGAGAGAGGGAAAUGCCACUGACUGGUUUUACAAAUUCAACUGGAAUGAUCAAGAAAUGGUCCACUUCACUAAAAGUAGCUCCUACUCACUUUACCUGACAGCAGAGCUGAGUGGGAAUUAUCAAUGUAUUGGUCGCCGCAAUGGCUUGAAAGAUUUUACAAAACAGAGUAAUAACCUGACUCUGUCCAUAUCAGCACACAGACCCACGGCGACUAUAACAGCAGACAAGACAACUGUUCCAGUGGGGGGCUCGGUGACACUGACCUGCUCUGUUCAGGGCUCUGCUGGCUGGACGUAUGAUUGGUUCAGACAAAUCCCAGAUUCUCGUGAAGUAGCAAUUAAUACGAACAGUUUGCAGAACUUCAUUAGUGUCUCAGACGAAGGCAUCUAUCAGUGCAGAGGAAGAAGAGGAAACCCAGUUUUCUUCACAAACCUCAGCAAAGUGUAUCACAUUCAGAAAACAUUGUCCAACAGGGCCUUUGUGACUCUGCAACAGAACUGGACUCAGAUAUUCAGCGGUGAGAUGAUCACCAUCAAAUGUGAGAUCCAAGGAGGAGAAAACACUGAGUGGCAGUAUGAAUGGAGAACAACAAGCUCAAAAACACCUCCCACACACAGUGAAUACAACAUCAGCAGGGCUUCAUUUACCUACAACGGGCAAUAUUGGUGUAAGGAAAUUCAGGUGAUUAGAAACGAAGAACCAGAUCAAAUGAUCACUGUCACACAGGGAGGCAUCUACUACUGCAAGGGAGGGAGAGGAAACCCGGUUUUCUUCACAGAGGACAGUGAUCCAAUCACUAUUGAAAAAAGAGUUUCCAACAAAGCAGUUGUGUCCCUGGAGCCCAGCUGGCCUCUGAUAUUCAGUGGUGAGAAGAUCACUGUUAGAUGUCAGAUUUCUUUAGGUAGACGCACUGAGUGGGAGUAUGAGUGGAGCAAACCCGACUCAAGCACAGGUCUGGCAAAUAAUGCAUCCAUCAAUCUUAAUGCAUCUGUGAUCAGCAGUGGAAGCUACAGGUGUAUGGGUAAAAACAAACAGGAGCUGUACUCUGUGACAGAGUGGAGUGAUGUCAUCACACUGACAGUCUCUGGAAACAGACCAAAGACCAGCAUCAGUGCUGACAGUAGAGUCCUUCCAGAAGGUGACACAGUCACCCUGACCUGCUCUGUGACACUAUCUACUCCUGGUUGGAGUUUCUACUGGUACAGAGGCAAGAAAACCUCAGAACCACUGACGAUGGCAGAAGUUGUUCUCCACUCUGAUGGACAAAUCGGUGUAUCACAGGAAGGAGACUAUUGGUGCAGAGGAGGACGAGGCAACCCAGUUUACUACACAGACUACAGUGAUGUGAUCAGUAUUAAGAAAACUGUUAGAAACAGGCCUGCUGUGACUCUGCAUCCAAACUGGCCUGAGGUAUACAGCAGAGAGACAAUCACUUUGAAAUGUGAGAUCCCAGGAGAAGACACUGAGUGGGAUUAUGAGUGGGCAACAAGCAGCUCACAUCAACCUCCAAACCAAAAUGAAUACAAGAUUAACUCUGUUUCUACAUCACACCGUGGGCACUACUGGUGUAAGGGCAGGAUGAGAAGUGCACAACAGAAUUCAACAAUGUGGAGUGCAUCCUUUCAACUAAAGAUAGUUUAUAAUAAACCCCGUCCUGUCCUCACUGUGUCUCCAUCAUGGCUGAGUCCUGGAGCCUCAGUAACUCUGAACUGUGAGGUUGAACAUCCGUCUGCAGGAUGGAGCUUCUACUGGUAUAAAGCUGUUCAUGAUCUGAAAACAUACAGCUAUGAAUAUUACAUUUAUGAGCUGCUACCUGAUGGCAGUGGGACUGCACAGGACUCCUACAUCAUUCAUGGACAGACACACACAGCAGGAUAUGUGUGCAGAGCUGGAAGAGGAGACCCAGAGUAUCACACUGAUCACAGUCAACCAAAGUUUGUCUGGUCUGCAGAUUUAAAUUCAGCAGCCUCUCUCACAGUCAGUCCUAACAGUGUGCAGCACUUCAUCUAUGAUUCAGUAACUCUGAAUUGUUCUGGAAACUCUUCUCAGUGGAGAAUAAUGAUAUUUACUCAGCACGGCUACCUGAGAAAACUCCGGGAAUGUGGAAACUGGGGGAUAAUGACUGAAUCCACAUGCAACAUAGAUCUUGACUGGUACCACCGGUAUCACCGGUAUCCUGUGUACUGGUGUGAGUCUGAAUCAGGACAGUUCAGCAAUGGAAUCAACAUCACUGCACGUUUUACUGGUGUGAUCCUGGUGAGCCCUGUCCAUCCAGUCAAUGAGGGGGACUCUGUUGCUCUUGGCUGCAAGUUGAGGACAGGAAACUUCAAUUCCACUGUUGCAUUCUACAAAAAUGGGAAACUAAUUCAAAAUGAUGACCGAGAAAAGCUAAAUAUCCCUGCAGUGUCAAAGUCUGAUGAAGGCUUCUACAAGUGUGAAUAUUCAGGGCACGAGUCACCACAAAGUUUGAUGUCAGUAAAAGGAUCCAGAUCUUCACUUUCUGUCUCUCUAAUCACGGGGCUGGUUAGUGGUGUCUCACUGAUUCUCCUGCUGUCCCUGCUGCUCUGUUGUUGGCACAAAAAACCAAAGGGUACACUUUGUAUCAGACCAGCCCAGUCUCAGGAAACCAGUCAGACUGCUGCUACAGUUCAAACUAUGAGCCAGGAUGAAAAUCAGCAGCAAAUAUAUUCCUCUCUUCUUCACGGUGACAUGAAUGUCUAUGAGUCAUGUAGACCUUCUGAAAACACUGGUGGACGGACAGAUGACUACAGAAAUAUCUCUCUUCAGCUCAGAAGUGUUGGACAGAGGGGAAAGCGUGAUGAUCCAGAGGAAACCUCUGACUACCAUAAUGUAGAUCCAAACUCAGCUACAGAAAGUUGUAGAAGUUUUCAGACGUGUCACUGCUGGAUGUGAGGAUGGGAGCCACUUUGCUCUGUGAGCUGGGCCUAUUCUUGCUCUGUAUGCUCCUCUGCACUGGACACACUCAAGAUGCUGUGCUAACUAUUGAACCCAACUGGUCCAGUUUUUUCAUUGGAGAGUUUGUUACCUUCAAAUGUGACAUGAAUGAAAGAAAAGACACUGACUGGUAUUACACAAU